UGGACUCAGGCCGGUAUUCAUAGUCGAUUCUUAUAUUUAAGGGCCACCGCACCAACUCUUCCAUAACGCGUUACGUUACGUUAAGUACUCCAUAUGAACCUAAGUUGUACUUAAAAUUUAACUUAUAGCGUUUUUCACUGGCUGCACUAGUGCGCACUCAGUGCGCACCAGCCGCGGACAAUGUGUUUCACUGGACGUUUCGGUGCGCACGAAGACGGUGCGCGCUGUUUCACUGGGAAGUCUAGUGCCGAGUUUUUGCACUAUAGUGCGAGAAUUCGGCACGAGCUCCGAGAGACGGUGUCAGUUCAGUGCAAUAUGGCUUCGCGGGAUAAUGACGAUGUUUCAAAUUCACGAGAUGCACGAUUAGCAUUUGGACUAUUACAGUUGCUUUCUUCGUCAUCAUCCAGUAGUGAUGAAGAUGACUUAUUAAAAGAAGAUCCGCGAAAAAUUCCAAAGAUCGAAAAUUUUGUUCAAGUAGUGCAUAACCUUGCGGAUAAGGAUUUCAAAAGUCAUUUUCGCGUUGCAAGAACAACAGCUUAUAAAAUAAUAGAAGAAGAGUAAUAUUUAUUAUAUCAUUGUUGACUUUAAAAGAAAUAGUCAAAUCGGUCAAACUUUCCAUGGUUAUACAGUAGCACAAUACGCCCAAAUACGCCACAAAACUGCACUGAGAUGGCACUGAGAAUAACAGACGUGUUUAGUUGGGAAUGCAAAAAACUCGCACUUUCAGUGCACUCCGACAGUGUCGCCUGAACUCGACGAGUUUCUAGUGCGCACUUAGUUCUUGCCAGUGAAAAACGCUAUUAAAUC